CCCCAGUUCAUACUAAAGAGAAAUAGAAAUUGAAGUACCUCUGCCCCUCUUUCUCGUAGCAGCUAGAGAGUAUCCAAAUUCUCUAAUCUGACAGGCAGAAGAGGAGAGAAAAAAUGGGAGGGGGAAUGGAGUACAACAAGAACAAGUGGAUCGAAGAAUGGGGAGCCGCGAGGGAGAACCUGGAGCACAACUUCCGCUGGUCUCGACGUAACCUGGCGAUUGUAGGUAUCUUCGGCAUCGCCGUCCCCGUCUUGAUUUACAAAGGAAUCGUCAAAGAGUUUCAUUUGCAUUAAUAACUUAAGCAGAUU